CCCAGUCGGCUGGUCACGUGGCGCCUGUCAUGGCUGCCUCCGUGGCCCGGGGAGGCGUGACUGCUGGAGUCCUGCUGCGGGCGACCCGGGGCGCCUGGCGGAUCAAACCCGGGGGCUGUUCGGGGUUCGGGGAGGCGUCGGUGCCGGGGACGGCCAGGAAAUUCCGGGCGACAGGCUGGCGCCCGGCGGGGGAGGAGGAAGCCAGUGGCCCCGAGCGGCCUGGGGACGUGGUGAACGUGGUAUUCGUAGACCGGUCAGGCCAGCGGAUCCCCGUGAGCGGCAGAGUCGGGGACAAUGUUCUCCAUCUGGCCCAGCGCCAUGGCGUCGACCUGGAAGGGGCCUGCGAAGCCUCCCUGGCCUGCUCCACCUGCCACGUGUACGUGAGCCAGGAGCACCUGGAUGUGCUGCCCCCUCCCGAGGAGAGGGAGGACGACAUGCUCGACAUGGCUCCCCUCCUCCAGGAGAACUCGCGCCUGGGCUGCCAGAUCCUGCUGACCCCCGAGCUGGAGGGCGCCGAGUUCACCCUGCCCAAGAUCACCAGGAACUUCUACGUGGACGGCCACGUCCCCAAGCCCCACUGACACGGACAGCUGGAGCAGCGCGGACACCCAGGGCCCCAGGGCCCAGACGGGAGCAAAGGCCCCCCGGGGCGCCAGCCCAGCCCAGCCCAGAGCAGACACAGGCCCCGGAGCGCUCCGCCAUGUGGGAAGCAGGGCCUCGGGCGAGAUGCGGGGCCCGGGCAGGACCCCAGCUGGGGUGGCCUCUCCCAAUCCCCCAAGAAUCAGGGAGACCUUGGCAGUGGAAUCUAGGGGAAGCCACAAUAAAACUCUCUCCCUGGCCUGCAGCCUCCUGCGUGUCCUGGGUGGGGGGGGUUACAAGCACAUCCGACGUGACCCCAACUCCUCCUCUGCAAGCCAGUGCUGGGUGCGGCCGGGGAUGGGGGGCCGGAGCCUGGGACCCCCGCUUCCUUGGGGAGAGGGGGAGAGGCCGAGCACGGCGGAAGGGCCCACGUGGGGCAGCGUGGCCAGGCCCCGCCCCCGCCCACAGCGGCGGAGGGAUUUGAGGGGUCGAGGCCGGCCUGGAGGGGCGAGAGGGUCACCUGAGGACAGCCGGAGGGGCGCG